AUCAAGGCUUCUGCUAGACAUGGGGCGUGAGAUCUGGGAUGCAUGUUUUAGUAUCGGGCGUUGUCACAAAAAACCCCUAAUUUUUUACCACAAGAAUUGGGUGUGGGUAUUCAGUACAGAAGAUGCUUAAUACAAACCUUGAAUUGGUUGAGAGUUUGAAUGGGGUGUCUUGGAUAAAUGUAAUUUUUUGAAUUUAUUAAAUGCUCUUUGACAAGGCAGGAAAAAUUUACAGUUAUCUCCAUAGCCGAAACGUUUGAAUCACCCUGAAAAAUUAUAAUUCCACAGCAAUUAUAUUUUUUAAGGGGCCCUAAAUUAUUUCCCUUUCAUUUUAGGCUAUGGAAGUUGUUUCCCCUUCUUUCUCUUAACGUGGGAUGCUAUUUGUAAAUUAUUUUAUUCUCUUCUGACCAAUUUCACAUUUCUCACACUGUUAUAUAAUUCAUAUUUUUAAAUUCCCAAAAUUUUCAAUCAUUUCACAAUAUUUUAAUCCGUCUACUGCUUUCUUCUACUUAUUCUGAUCAUUUGUCAUCUUAUACCAUAAAUCUAAUUGUUACUUCUAGAUCAACAAAAAUUUUAAAAACUCACACUUCUGAGGAAUAAUUUAAGGUAUGAUAAGGACAUAACGCUCUGAAUUGGAAUAAACUUAGCAAAGAGGAGUAGAAAGAAAACCCGCUGGAAAUUUAAUGUACAUUGGUUUCCAGGCUUCAUUUUUAUUGACACUAUUACUUAAUACCAUAAAAAAGGAAAAUUGGUAGGAAUUUAUAAACAAGUGUUGACAACUAUACACAGACGAGUGUAAAACCGUUUAGAUUUUUACUCACACUUCAUAGGGUGUAUACCAAGAGAAUUCCCAAACACUAAUCCGAUAUGGACUGUGCAGUACGUGCUGUGAGUGACGAUUUCAUUCGUGCACUUGGUGUGGUAUUGACGAAGAUAGUGUCUGACGUCGUGCCUGAGUAUGGUUCCCUAAGUUGCUUCAACUCCAUCAACGCUCCCCCGAUCUCCGAUUACCUCGUCCGAAUUGCAAGGUACGUCAACUGCAGUAAUGAGUGCUUCGUGCUCGCGCUGGUUUACAUUGACAGAAUCAUGAAGAUGCACAAGUUCUCAGUCUCAGUGCUCAACAUCCACAGGCUCCUCAUCACCUCAGUGAUGCUUGCAGCCAAGUUCAGCGACGACGUGUACUACUCCAACAGCUUCUACGCCCAGGUUGGUGGUAUUAAGGUGGCCGAAAUGAACAUCCUGGAGGCCCAGUUCCUCAUGCUCAUCAAGUAUCAGCUGUUUGUAAGCGCCAAGGACUAUGAAAACUGCCGUAAAGGCGUAGAAUCAUCGUCCAACAAGAUUUAUACCAUUCCAUUACUAAGCCAAAAUAAUACCCAUAAAAAUACCAAUAACACUUUCAACAACAAUAAACCCAAGUACUCAAAUGACAACAGAACCUACAACUCUAGUGACAGACUGUACAAUUCAAGUGACAGACUAUUUAAUUCAAAUGACAACAGAGUCUACAACUCAAAUGACAGAGUGUUUAAUUCAACUAACUCGUACGAUUCUGAGAAUAGGGUAUUUAACUCGGGUAAUAGUGGGUAUAAUGGUAAUCCUAUCCCUAAUACUAGCACAUAUACCGGUAAAGUGUAUAAUAACUCCUUGUUUAAUGGACUUAAGGGAUACGGUAGCGGAUACACUAAUGUCAAGAGUUUGUAUGAUGAUUUAUACUCCAAGUUACAGCUGAAUAAGGACAAUGGCAGGUACAACACAGCAGAUAACAAAGGAAAGGCCUAUAACCCGCACAGCUAUUAUAACACAGUUGGCCAAAACUAUAAUACACUCAACUACACACUUAAGCAGAACAACAUUAACCAGAAUACAACGAAUCAUAACACACUGAACCAGAAUACAAUUCACAACACAAUGAAUAACACAAUUCGCCAUAACACGCUCAACAAACCAGUUUACAACACGAUCAAUCAUAACACAGUGAACCAUAACACGAUUGCGCAUAACACGAAUACCCAUAACACACUUAGGAGCACACUAGGCCACGUUAAGUCAGAGUCACUUAACGUACAUGGCGCUGGAUUUAACGAAUAUUCUGGGUACGAUCACGGUAGUACAUUCAAGAACGACGACGAGUACUUGAUAACAAGUGAGAAGCUGAGCUUGUCAAGCUACAUCUACUACUACGGAGAAGACGGCUUUGCAAGGACUGAGUCGACGUUGACAGUGUCGACUUCAGCAUCUGACACGCAAGAAGUACCAGACGAGGCCGCAUUGCGAGAUCGAGAAUCGUUCAGAACCAAGUUCGAUGAGUGCGAAGCGUUUGUUAACGCCCUCGAAAGCAGGUUCAAUGACACUCUCCAGAGAAAAUGCUCAACACACCUAGGACCUGUACAUCAACUCGCCCUUAUCAAUCUCAAGAAUGAUUGGUAAUCUCAUACACAAAACAACA